AUGACGCAGGUGAGCAUCUCCAGCGAGUCGGAUGAGAAGCGGCGCGCUCGGAGCAGCGUCUCCGGCGGAGUCUCCGGCGAGGAGCGGAAGCGCCAGGACUGGGCCAAGGCUCAGGCAGCUAAAGCAGCGCAGCUGCAGAGGCAGGAGAUCCGCGUUGGCGAGGAGUGGAAUGAGUUUCUGAAGCAGCCCACCAACAGAAGCCAUGAAGUGAUGAUGAACUUCUGGGAAGAGGUCAAGAUGCGACUGCUGAAGCGCUUCGGCAGCCUUCACUUGGCAGUCGGCGAAAGCACUGUCAGUUUCCAGAAGUUCUGCGACCUUUUGAGGCUGAUCCACUUCCCCCUAAACCAGAGCACUUGCAGGCACCUCUUUGGACAGGUUUGUGGAGGCCAGCGGGAGAUGCCCAUCGACGCCUUCAAAGCCUUGCUGAUGGAAAGGACCAUUCAAUCCAUGCGAUUUGUCAUGGAGGGCUGGAACCUGAAGCAGGCUCGCGUCCGCUCCCACAUCCGCACAUUUGUCAGGCGCUUGGCGGAGGUUGACGAGAGACAGAAGGAGCAAGCAGUGGAUCGCUUCCAGAGGAAGCUCACUGCGGGCUUCAUCCGCAGCUUUUGGCAGCAGCUGCUGAGGAGCAGUGUGCGGGAAGACUUCAUCACCCACGCUUCUCUGGUCCGGGCGCUGGCGGAGCACGAGGCCAAUGUCUUCCAGGACCACGAGAUCCAUUAUAUGCUGCGACUCUUUGAGCACAUGACGCGACUGGCCGAUUUCGCAGAAGGUGUUCCCAUGAGCUACUUCUUGACGGGCCUGACUUUGGUUAGCGUGAUGCCAAAGAGCGACAAACUUGAGCUGAUCUUUGAGGCCUUUGACAACGACUACGACCAUUGCCUAUUGUACAAGCAGAUUCAUGAGAUGUGCCACUGCAUCUGCGUGCUGAAAGUGAUGGUGGAGGAGAGUGCCCGCGGUGCAUCUGACGAGCACUUUCAAGCAGAGUUGUCUCAGCAGGAGGGACAACGAAGCUACGAGUGCAUCCGCUGGCAUUUGCAGCGCACCUGCAAUGUGCAGGGAGACAUUGUGAGCUUCCCAGAGCUCUCCGCAGCUUGGGAGAUGCAGCCGGGCCAGGCUCUCCCAGGUUGGGUCCAGAUCCGGUGGGUGGCCAAGGCCAUCCCCGGCUUCGAGGCCUGGGCAUCCCAGGCGCUGAGCACUUGCGGCCAGACCAGUCUGCUGGAGCCGCCUGUGAAAGGUGUGGUUGCACGACAUGCCCAAGGCGAGUCCUACAUCUUCAAGGACGUGCUCACCACGAGGUUCGCGAAGUCGCUGCGGGACCUGGGCUCCCGGCGCUUGGUGGAACUGACGCGGCAGUUCGGUGAUGGCAAGAGCAAAGCGGCAAUGCCCAGCGUGGGGCAGUCUGGGGCGAUGCCGGGCGUGUCGGCCAUGGUUCUGGACUGCGAAACGCAGGCUGGCAAAGCUCUCAAGGUGCCAGAGAUCCCACGUGUGCAAUCUGCGCCCUCUUUGGGAAACCGGUUGCCCAGGAGGGAAGAUGUGGCAUUGCCACCUCAGCGCUGGGGACCAGAGGCGGGCGACCGCUUCCGGAUCUACGCAGUGGCCAAGAUGGGCCAGCGGGUGCGGGGCAGGAGGGAUGGACAGUUCCUUCCGUACAAGUGCAAGCUCUGCUUCCGGAUGCACAAGCUUUGUCCAGGACACGACGUCCUGCAGUGA